AUGGUGCGUUCGACGAUGCCAGCAACAUUGCCGCCUGAGGAGAUAGCGUGCAUUGAGGAGGAGAUAAUACUGUGUGACAAAGCGAUCGAGAAAGCGCAAGAAAGAAAAGAUCUUCAGAAACUACUGGAAUUUCACGAGAAAUCGUUGUUUCUCAGGAAGAAGAUAUACGCGCCGAACAGCUCGGAGGUUCACGAUGCCAUCACAUCACUGGUAGAAGCCUGCAACUAUGUGGCCACUAGCAUGCUCCAGCUCAACAACACACAGGUAUUGGGUCAAUUGUUUCUUCUUGUAAAUAUUUUUCACCAGCAGAGGAGUCAAAGUCCUCGUUCACGGUUUCUAAAUACUUCACUCCUCAAUAUAAUAAAUAUGAUUCGCUCUAGUAGCCCCUCUCGUCUUCUUUCAUUCUCUACUGGUACUGCCAUCACAUUCUUUCAGGUUGUAUUCGACCUGCUGAAACGUGCGCUGGAUGUAAACCAUCUUGCAAACUUGCAGAAAGCGAUAACCUACAACAAUUUAGCAUGCUACUACAGGAGAAUAGGGAAGCUGCGGAUAGCGCUCACAUACCUGGAGAAGGCGUAAUUAAUGUAUUUGUAUACAAACUAGUAGCCAAAUUGUAAAGGUAAAAGAAAAAGUCGCGUUUUUCAAAGGAGCAGCCCUGUCCUUCUUCUAUUUCAACAAACGCAGACGCGGAAGCAGAGCUGUUUAAGAAGUAAUUAUGAAGGAGGCUCGUUAAAAAACGGCAUCAUGCACGACCACAAGAUCGAUGUUCAGGUAUAGCUUAGAGACGAGUUUCCCGAAUUCGGACGUGUCACAGACGCACCUAAAUCUUUGUGCGACGAUGAGUCAGCUGAACAAACACGACCAAGCGCUGCAUCAUGCGCAGACAGCGGUGAUAAAGGUAACUUGGCUCUACUACAACGAGCAUCUUCGCUGUCACAGUAGCAUGACCUAUGUUGGAAGAUGUAUAGAUCAAAUCCGAAGUUCGUGUCGCUCACGAGUCGGAUUCUCUAGAAGAAGUACUACCACCUACGAUGGUCGUUUUUCGCGCGCUUCACUUCAGGUAUACCAAUUCCUCUGCCCGUUGUUGAUAGAGCACGUGCCCGGGGAGGAGCCAGCACCGGCGAUUCGCGAGCGAGUCUCGGUGUUGUGCAUCGCCUAUUUCAAUAAAGGAGUCGAGCAUGAGCACAUAAAACAGCUUCCAGAAGCGAUAGGAUCGUAUCUUUACCUGGUCUUAAUACACUUAAGUACGUUCUUCUUGAGAUUUGCUUCCAGACCUUCUGUACGACACAGAUCAUCUACUAAGUAUUUGGAUGCCCAGUCACCGCUACGGCUAGUAAUGAUCAUUAAGGGUAGGUUAAAGGUGCUUUUGUUACCGUUUGUUAUGGCUCUACUAAGGGGGACAGCCAUAACAAGCGGGAUAUAAGAACACCAAAAACUUACCUCUAAGAUCGCUUUCAUCAGGUACACCGAAGGAGCAAAAUGGGCGAAGAAGUAUCUCGGCGAAGCACAUCAAAUAGCGAAGAUAUUAGACAAUUCGCUUCAUGCGUUGAAGAAAGGAGGCUCCGGUGGUCACUCAUCGACCGUUGCAGGAACGAAAACGGGAGAGGUACUAGUACAUGCUUGAUGACGAGUGUUUGAUUUGUAGCUAACUUCAUUAGUUAAUGGAACAAUCAAUCUUGCAUGCCUGCUACACUUCGACUAAUUGUCCAAGAUGAAGCGAUUUCUGCAUGAUCUACGUAUGAUGGGCUCGUCCAAAUUUUCACCAUCAGGGAGCCAGCGGAAGCACUACUCUAGAUCCGGCGCUUGAGCAACUGAUGACGCCACGACUACAGAAGCAAAAGCGUAGCAAGGAACCAGUCUGCAUAUCAACACACUCGCAGGUGUAUGAACAGCAACAGCGUGAAAAAAUGCUAAGGCAGCAUGAAGAUGACGAAGAUUACGAGGAGGAGUGCUUCGAGGACGAGUCCCCUUGAUCUAGGCCUCUGUGGAACUACAGCCUGUGCUAGACUAAGAGGGUCUCUAUCUGAGAAUUCAGACUUAUAUUACAAUUUUGAUCGAAAAGGAAAACAUAGAGGUCACAGCAGCUCGCUUGAUAUCUUUUACUCGACUAGUGUUAACGAGUGCUUGGUGUCUUCGGUUUCGUUUGUCCCGUGUCAAAAGUCUCAAAAUAAGUCAAAGUGAAAGAAUGAUCCAACGUUUCUUCUUCUAACAUUAUAUUAUAUCAGCUAACUUGAGCACAAAGACAAGAUGCAUGUUGAUCCUUGUAACUAACACAACAACAAAAAUCAUCGAGUAACUUGACAACUAACAUCUUCUAACCAAUAAAGCGCUCCUGACUGAGUGGCAUGGCAUGUAAGCGUCAUCAGAUCAUGAAAGCCUGAGCUUGUUCCUAGAGAUCAUAGGGUUGUGUAUCGCCAAGACAAAAAGCAAAAGAUAAAUUCCAACCCUAUCCCUAGCUAUUCUAGCUACUGCCCACAGAAAUCACACAAAGCAU